CUAUAAUCUAAUAUGAAGUCAACCACUGAGCAGAAGUGGGGAUGGACAUGAAAUCUGAGAAAGAGUGUGACACAUAUGGAAAAGUCAAGAUGAAGGGAAACAUGAGAGAAAGGAAGCAGCAGAGGCUUUUUUGUAGCUCAGAUCAGCUCAAAGGCCGACAGCCCUCUGACAGGACUUAGAGGAUCAUCAGUAAAUGAUCUGGGUUCAGACCUGGGGCACAUGGGCCACUUUCUUGACAAAGUGCUCAUUUCUCACCUAUCACUCCCUCUCUCUCUCCUUGUGUUCCCUCCGGCGCUGCAUUGAGUUACUGUACGACAGUCAGCAGAGCAGUGGCAUGUGCUGGGAUUAGUGGUGGAGCAUAACUGAAAUAACAGUCAUUUUCCGUUUGGCCAUAGAGCAGAGCAAAGUGGAAUUCUUCUCGUCGGCUCCCUCGCCUGCGUCAUCUCUCACACAGGAACAGUCUGAGAUUUCCAGGAAAACUGAAUAUAAAGCAAAGUGGCAGAGUUUGGGAAAGAAGGAUGACAUCAUUGAAAUAAAGUAAACAUCUGUGGACCAGGCACUGACCCUGAUUUUUAAAUGGAUCCUCUCUACAGGAGUUACAGCCAUGUCGGUCAUAAGGUGGAGAUUCAGUGAGGCAAUAAAGAUGAGAGUGAAACAUCAGAUUUUGGGGGCCUGAUUGGAGAGCAUGGUGUCCCGGGACACGCCCUGACCUCAGGAGCUGCCAGUGAUCUGAGGAGGAGGAGGAGGAGAAGAAGGAGGAGAAGAAGGAAGAGGAGGAGGAGGAGAAACCGUCCCACUGUCAGAAGUAUGCAGGACCUUACGUCAGCCCUCACUCUUUAACAGGCUGUCAGCGCAGGUCGCGCGCUGUGCUGCGCGGAGAUGACAGCGACGGAGCGAGGAGGAUGUUGCAUUUGCACACCUGCGGAGCGCGAAGAAUCGUGCGUUUGAAACGGGACUUAAUUCAUUCUGGACUCGAUGCAUUUGCGGUUCACGACCAGUGAUGAGUUGGCUCCUGUUGUGGAUUCUAACAGCAGGCGGAAUUCAACAGGCCUUCUCCCAGAAUUCCACUGCCAUGCCGCCUGCCACAGCCGUCACAUCCACACCCACAGAUCUAUACAACCGGACACAGUACUGCAAGUGGCCCUGUGAGUGUCCCGUUGCCAUCACAUCCUGUCCACCCGGUGUGAGCCUCAUCAUGGACGGAUGUGACUGCUGCAAAACCUGCGCCCGGCAGGUGGGCGAGGUGUGCAACGAGGCGGACACGUGUGACUACCACAAGGGACUGUACUGUGACUACAGCUCGGACAAGCCUAGGUACGAAAAAGGAUUGUGUGCAUAUAUGGUGGGUACAGGCUGUGAGCACGACGGUGUGAUAUACCGCAACGGGCAGAGCUUCAAGCCCAGCUGUAAAUACCAGUGUGUCUGUGUGAAUGGUGCCAUCGGAUGUGUGGGACUGUGCACAGAGUCCAAGCCUCCCCGGGUCUGGUGCCAAACCCCACGUCGGGUCAAAAUUCGUGGACAAUGCUGUGAGCAAUGGAUCUGUGAUGAGCCCAAGAGGGGGCGCAAGACAGCACCGAGACACGCUGUGGAAGCAUAUACAGCUGAGACAGGGAGCUGGCACAAAAACUGCAUUACCCAGACUACCUCAUGGAGCCCCUGCUCCAAGACCUGUGGUCGUGGCCUUUCCCUGAGGAUCUCAAACGCCAACGACCAAUGUGAGAUGGUCAAGGAGUCUCGUCUCUGCAACCUUCGACCCUGCGAGGUCGACAUCACCAAACACAUCAAGCCAGGAAAGAAAUGUCUCAACAUCUACAGGGAAGAUCAGCCGUACAACCUCACCAUCUCUGGCUGCACCAGCAAGAAGAAUUUCAGGCCCAAAUACUGCGGCGUCUGCACCGACGAGCGCUGCUGCAUCCCCUACAAGUCCAAAACCAUCGACGUGGAGUUUGAGUGUCCUAAUGGGACAGGAUUCACCUGGAAGAUGCUGUGGGUUCAGGCCUGUUUCUGCAACCUCAGCUGCAAGAACCCCAAUGACAUCUUCACUGAGCUGGAGAGUUACUAUGGUUACCCCGAAGUCAUGAACUGAAGACACGCUCUCCGUCUGGAGGAGCACCUCGACUUAUUCCUGCAGUGUUUUUGUAGUUGUAAUGUGUAAGACUAUGUAUAAGGGAUUUUCAUAUGGUCUUUUUCCUAUUGGAAAAAUCUGUAAAUAUGAAACAGAACAACUCAUAAAGCAUGACGUGCUUUGCAACUGGACAUAUUCAGCCGCUGAGUGUUUGUGCAAUAUGGAAGGCCUAACUUAUUAAUGUCAUAACAUGUGUGAUGCUCUUAACCUGCUUUCAAGAGCAUCGUCUUUAAACUCAGACGCCCACUUAGAUAUUGAGGCUUUUCUGUAUAUAAUUUCAUGAAUAAGUUCUCUAUAAUUAAUGAAAGAGGCAAACAUGCAGUACAAAUGUGUCUCCUCAAAUAAAGACAUCAGCUGAAAUCUGUUACAAGGUUUUUAAUUGUAAUUUUUUAAUAAAUACAAACUGUUAUGUCAUUUUUAUGCUUUUCUACAGCAUUAGAUGGUUGUACAUUGCAUCUUUACAAAGCUGUGUAUGUGUUUGUUCUACGAAGCAAAAACGUUUCUGUAGUGCAAGUAUAAUGCAGAGGAGUAGAGGGUGUCGGGCGAGUUUGACGGUCGUCCUCGAGGUGACAUGUGGACCGAUCACGCCACUCACCCGAGAAAUCCACGACAUAGGAGCAUCUCAUCUACAGAGAGAACAAUUCCAUGGCACAUCUUUGUUCCAUUGUGAUUGACUGCAUAGAAAUCAUCAUUAAAAAAAAGGGAAAUCUUUUUUUUCUUUUGUAUUCUGCCAUUAUUCUUUAAUAAAGCAUGAGAUGUAAAAGUUUUAAAA